GCCGCCGCCUGCUCAGUCAGUUUUUGGUACCGGUUCGUUUCGUGCCGUCUGUCAUACGCGUUCGUUCAUAACGGUUACGAGUGUUACACGUACGUUCCGUGAAAAGUGCGAUCGUUUGUGCGGUGUGUCUGUGAUGUCGUUUUGUUCUCGUCUUAGACGUCAGUGAUCCAUACACGAUUUUCGACGAAUCUACGGUGCGCGAUCGAUAAGAUUUCACUCGCGGGACUCGAAUUUUCCAAACGGCGCGAAUUCGACAUGUCGUCGUCGCAGCGAUAAAUACUGCGGUUCCCGGAGUAGUGUUGUUGUUACCUCGAUCGAAACGAGUGUGCGCGCGUCGUCGAUAAAAUAAUAUUACAGUAUAAUAUAUCGAAUUUAAAUUUUUUAUUUCUGUGGUCGCGAUCUCGAAAAUGUGGCGGUUUAGCGGCAAUCGCGGUUCGCGGUUCUUGGCCGCGGCGGCGUUGCUGGCGUUGGUGGUGCCGUCCUCGGUCCGAUCGUUCGACGGCUGCCCGGCAGUGUGCUCUUGCAAGUGGAAGGGCGGCCGACGGACGGUCGAGUGCGCGGAUCGGGCGCUGAUCACGGUGCCGAUGGGAGUGGACUCGGAAACCCAGGUGCUGGACCUGUCCGGCAACAACCUGCAGAUACUGCCCAACGAGACGUUCUUAAAGGCGGGUUUGGCCAAUCUGCAAAAGGCGUAUCUGCGCAACUGCCGCAUCGGGCAGAUCGACGAGUUGGCGUUCCGCGGACUGACCAACCUGAUCGAGCUGGACCUUUCCAACAACAUGCUCACGUCCGUGCCGUCGUACGUUUUCCGGGACGUGCCGUACUUACGCGAUCUCUCCGUGGCCGGCAACCCCAUACAGAAGAUCGAGGCCCGAGCCUUCUCCGACUGUCCGGCCGUCGUCAAGGUGGACGCGUCCCACUGCGGGCUCCAGUCGGUGGCGGGUCUCGCGUUCGACGGCAUAGUCAGGCUGGAGACGCUCCGCAUCAACGACAACCGGUUGACCGAACUGUCGGCCACCGUGCUCGAGUCGCUCACCAAACUCCGAUCGGUCGAGCUGCACGACAACCCGUGGGUGUGCGACUGUCACUUGCGACCCAUGAAACUGUGGCUGUCCGGAAACAACGUGCCGUACAGCCAACCGGCGCUGUGCUCGGGCGGACCCGACCGGCUGUCCGGCAAACCGCUCACCGAACUGGACGUGGAGGACUUCGACUGUCGGCCGGACGUGCGCGCCGAGUCCCGGUACGUCGAGGUGACCGAGGGUAACAACGUGACGGUCCGGUGCCGAGUCGAGCCCGGCUCGAUGGCCCACAUCGCGUGGUACCUCAACGGCCGCCGGUUGCAGGGCGCCGGUACGCCCGCCAUCGGAUAUCCGGGCGCCGCUUCCGCCAACCCGCGCAUGUUCGUCGUGGACGGCGUGGACGACGAGGACGGCAGCCGCCGGAGCGAGAUGACGCUGACGGACGUGCGACGCGAAGACGCGGGCCAGUAUUCGUGCCUGGCCGAGAACCGGGCCGGCAAUUCCGAAGCCAAUUUCACGGUUUACGUGACCGACCGGCCGUCCGUCAUCAUGUCCACGUUCGGUUCGGCGCACGUCAACGGCGUGGCCGCCGCCAUGGCCGCGCUCAUCGUGUUCAUACUGGUGUUGAUCGCGUUGACCGUGAUGCGGAUCCGGCGGUCCGGAUAUCCGGCCGACACCAAGCCCACAGAGGCUACCGGAAAUCGCGGUGGCAGCGGCAAACCCAACACCGGAUCGAUGGCCAUGCACGGCGGCGGAGCGACGUUGGGACGCGGCGGCGGAGGAUACGGUAACGGCGGCGUGUUGACCGGAGGCGGCAAGACCAAUCCGGCGCUGGACUUAUCGUCCGUGAUCGAGCGCAACUACGAUCCCGAUCUGGAACCCGGGCUGGGAUCUGUCUGCACGCCCAUUGGAUCGUAUCACGUGGCCGGUUUGGACCUGAUACACGACCACGACGCUUCCCGGCUGGAGAUGUGCGAUUCACCGAUGUCCUCGACCGCCAAACCUCCGCCGUCGUAUUACAGCGGAGGCAGGACCGUGUCCGGCGGCGGAAACGUGCGCCCGUACGACGAUCGGACGCCGAUCAUCGGCACCGGAAGUGCUGGAGACGCUUACAGCGUGGGCACCGGAUCCGACGAAGUGUUCUCGUACAACAGCCAACAACAGUUGCACUACGGCGGCGGCGGUGGCGGUCAUUACGGCCAACAACAACAAGUCAUCGGCAGCGGUAGCGUCAACAGCGAUUAUCCGGCCGACUACGGUCUGCCGAUCAUACCGACCGGCCAUCAUCAGUCUUCGACCAACGUGUCUCAGUACGGACAGCAUCCACAGCAACAGCACCCCCAACAGCAGCAACACCAACAGUAUUACAACGGAAACGGCAACAACUUACACUAUCAGCAGCAACAGCAACAGCUUCACCAUCAGCAGCAGCAGCAGCAACACCAACAGGAUUACGUACAGCAACAGCAGGACGUGUCCCAGCAACCGUCGGUCAAGACGCUGCGAGUGUGGCAGAGGGGCGUACCGGUGUUGCCCACCACGCCGUCCCUGCAAAGGUUCGCAAACAGGACUUCGCCGACCACGCCGGGCACCGACGUUUGAGUGUAGCGGUCGGUUCGAGUAGUCAGGGUCACGUCCUUUCGACGACACCUGUAGAAUCUUAUUUGUACCGUUUUGCUUCGUUUCAGUUUUAUUUAUUUAUCGUGUAUACCUACGGCGCGUUUCGUUCCUUUCCGCGUUACUUUUCUACGAUUUUUAUUGUUGUUGUUGUUGUUGUUGAUGUUGUUGUAGUUGUAGUUCAGUAGUCGUAUUCUGUUAUUUUUAAUUGCGUGCUCGGCGCGUGACGCAACCGCGAUGACCCGAAACGGACGAUUUUUUCCAUCCCGGCAACACUCCGCGGCGGAGUUGCAAUCGAAAUCUCUAUACUGCCGACGUUCGCGAAUGAUCUUUUUAAUCGUUUGCAUCUGCGCAGUAAUAUGGAUUUCGAUUAAAACUCUGACCGGUUAGGCUCGGUUUUUUUUCCUUUUUUUUUUUUUUUUGAAAAAAUAUUUUAUUUUCCUACUUUUCGAAAACAGAAACGAAACGGAAAAAACCGGCCGUGAGAUCUCAUUCGUUACGGAGACUCGCGUCAUGCCCAAUGUUGUUCCUCUUGUACAUUAUUGUAAUAGCUUAUGUAUAUAUAUUAUAUUAUUAUUGAUACCUACGGCGUGAUGUAUAUUACGACUAUAUUGCGCUGUAAAAAAGAUAUGUGUAAGUGUAAGAUAGGUAUAAUAUAGCAUUAUAUUUUCCCCUCCCCCAAAAUAUGGCUGUGAUGAUGCGGUUUGUUUUUUGCUCGAUGGCGACAAAGAAAAACCUAUUUUAUUUUUUAUUAUUAUUUUUAUUUUAAAUUACCUCUGUAAGAUAAAUAUGUUGAAAACAAUAAUAAAAAAAAGAAUAUAUGAUUAUUCUGUGUUUAAAGCAAACGACUACUACAAUACAAUAUGGUUACGACAAUGACGACGAUAUAAUAUAUUGGCGCAUUAACGGCACAUCGCUGAAAUACCAAAUCAAACAUUAUUAUUAUAAUUGCACUUUUCUAAAUAUUUUAUUGUUGUAAUGUAUAUAAAAUGAUAAAUUAAUAUAUUUUUCGUGUUCGUGGUGCACCAAAACUCGGGUCGUCUGUCAUCGUCGUACACUAUUACGCAUUGUCACUAUACAUAUUAUAUAUUGUUGUGAAACUACCUAUGAUUAAAAAAUUUAUAAUUUUAUUUUCUAAUAUUAUCGUUGUUACAUGUAAGAACUAUUAUUUAUUUGUCGUGUGUAGAAUAAAAAUAUUUAAUGUAACUAUGUUUUUUUUCUAUUUUCGAUGAACUAUUUUUUAUUUUUAUUUUUGUGUUUUGUCGUCGACCCUAUACAUAAUUUAUUAUAUAUAUUAUCAUACAUAAAUACGAAUUACGUUAAGACAUAAUAAUUUAUUAUAUCCACACGUACGACGUUAUUUUUUUUUUUUAAAUAUACGAUUACUAUUUUUUAACAUACAUAA